CGCGCACAGAAUACAAGCGCGACGCCGCAGCGACAGGAGUCUGGCUACAGGCUGCAGAGUGUGUGUGAGUGAGAGCAUCUAUAGAUCUGACCUGGAGGAGAGUGUGUGUGUAGCUUGUGUGGGAGACAGAAGGGAGAGCGGAACGCACGGGCACAACUUUGGAUAACUCACCCGGCAGGACAGAAACACCUCUCUCGCUCCAUCUCUUCUAUCAUAUAUCUCUCUCCUUGCUAACGGAUUCAAGCGGCGUGAUAGACUACUGCUCUGGCUGCGGGGAAGAUGUUAAUGUGUGCUUAUAGGAUGUGCACGUUCGGUGGGAUGUUGUGUCGCGUGGUGUCGGUGCUGUGGCUGGUCCUUUCGGUGGUCUCGGGGUUCAACCUGCAUGUGGAGCGCCCGGCCGUCUACGGAGGACCAGAGGGGAGCUACUUUGGUUACUCCGUGGACUUCUACCGACCGACCCCCGAAAGCAGCACGUUGAGUGUGUUGGUGGGAGCGCCCAAGGCCAACACAUCCCAGCCAGGCAUCAUAGAGGGAGGAGCCGUCUACUACUGUCCCUAUCCCCCAAACCCCGACUCCACCAAGCAACCCUACAGCUGCACACAGAUACCCUUCGACAACGCCAAUAACAGGAUGAUUAAGGUUAAUGGCACCAGGGAGCCUCUGGAGUUCAAGUCACACCAGUGGUUUGGAGCCUCAGUUAGAACUCACAAAGGCAAAGUGGUGGCCUGUGCUCCUCUCUACCACUGGCGUACUGUGAAGGUGAACGGUGAGAAGGACCCGGUAGGAACCUGCUAUGUUGCCGUGCAGAACUUCAGCGCCUACGCAGAAUACUCACCCUGUAGGACCAAUGAUCCAGACCCGGAGGGACAGGGUUUCUGCCAGGCCGGGUUCAGUGUGGACUUCACCAAGGAGGGGACACUGGUGGUGGGUGGACCUGGAAGCUUCUACUGGCAAGGUCAGGUGAUGACUGCAGGCGUAGCAGAGAUAUUGAAUGGUUACUCUCUAAAAGCCGUGCUCAGGAGAGUCCAUGGAGAGAAACAGACACACGCUGCAGCUGAUACCCAUGACGACAGCUACCUAGGUUACUCUGUGGCAGUGGGGGAAUUCACAGGAGACUCAGAGCAAGAGCUGAUAGCUGGGGUUCCGAGAGGGGCACAGAACUUUGGAUAUGUAGCUGUGAUUAACUCCACUAAUCUGACAUUCAUCAUGAACUUCACAGGAGAGCAGAUGGCUUCCUACUUUGGCUAUUCUGUGGCUGUUACUGACCUCAAUGGAGACGGGUAUGAUGAUGUACUGGUAGGAGCCCCUCUCUACAUGGAGAGAGAGAGGGAGAGUAAGCCCAAGGAGGUGGGCCGUGUCUACCUGUACCUCCAGCACUCCCCGCUCACCUUCUCCGAGCCCCUUCUCCUGACGGGAACACACACCUUUGGACGCUUUGGCACUGCCAUCGCCCCGCUAGGAGACCUCAACCAGGACGGAUACAACGACGUGGCAGUGGGUUGUCCGUUUGGAGGGGAGGAUCGGAGUGGCCUGGUGUUGAUCUACAAUGGCCAGAGAGACCUGACGGCCCGCGGCCUAACCCUCAGCCAGGAGCUCUAUGGAGGAUGGGCCUCCAGUAGUGGCCUCUCCGGCUACGGCUUCACCCUGAGGGGGGACAGAGACCUGGACAACAACCAUUACCCUGAUCUGAUAGUGGGAGCAUUUGGUAAAGGGGAGGUGUCGGUGUACAGGGCUCGUCCUGUAGUGUCAGUGGAGGCUGAGAUGAUCCUGACUCCUAGAAUCCUGAACCCUGACGACCGAUCCUGCCUCCUGACAGAAUCUGAUACCAUGGUAACCUGUCUCAGGGUAGAUAUUUGUGCGAAGGUGAGCGGUGUGGGGAUCCCAGACUCUGUAGUCUUGAAUGCAGAGCUGCAACUGGAUUGGCUGAAAGGUGUGAGGGGCGGAGUAAAAAGAGUUAAUUUCCUGGAUUCCCAUCAGCCCCAGCACACAGGGGUCCUAACUCUUGGCCACAGCCGUCCACACUCCUGCCUGAACUACACGGUCUACCUACGAGAGGAGGAUGAAUUUAGGGAUAAAUUGACUCCCAUCUCAUUGGCUCUGAACUACAGUUUAGCCCCUCCUUCCAACCUGGACCUCCCCCCUAUCCUCAACCGCUACAGCAGUACCUUCCUGCAGGAACAGGCGUAUAUUCUGCUGGACUGUGGGGAAGACAACGAGUGUAUUCCAGACCUCCAGCUGUCUGCAAGCAUGGACCGUACAGAGCUGGUGGUCGGGGAUGACAACCUGGUCAUGUUGACCAUAAACGCGGUUAACAAAGGAGAGGGGGCAUAUGAGACAGAGCUACACACACUCCUACCCCCUGAGGCUGAUUACAUAGGAGUGGAACGCAGGAUAGAGUCUCUAUCCAGGUUGAACUGUGAGUACAGGAUGGUGAAUGACUCCAGACUGGUGGUGUGUGACCUGGGGAACCCUAUGGUUGCUGGAACAGAAGUAUCUGUAGGUUUAAGGUUUGCUGUCCAAAGGCUGGAUGAUGCCGGUCCUCACAUUGACUUUGACCUACAGAUCCACAGUUCAAACAAAGACAACUCCAAGAGCAACCCAGUCAGUCUGUCUCUCUCCAUCUCUGCCAGAGCUCAGCUAGACCUGAGGGGGGUGUGUCAUCCCUCUCAGGUGGUUCUUCCGUUUCCUCACUGGGAGCCCAAAGAGAAGCCGGUCAAAGAGGAUGACGUAGGACCCCAGGUCACACACAUCUACGAGCUCCAUAACUCAGGUCCCAGCAGUAUUCGGGAGGCGGAGCUCCAGGUGGGCUGGCCCUCUCGUUUCCGUGAUGAACACCUGCUCUACGCUAUGGAGGUUCUAACGGAAGGACCAAUCAGCUGCCGGAGCAACACCAGCCUCAACAUCCUGGGCCUACAGAUGUCCUCUGUCCAGGACACUCCAGAAUUGUUGGGCUUUCUGAGAAACAGUAGCUCUCCUCACCGCUACAGACGAGCCACCAGCGCUGCCCAGCCCUACAGCAGCAAGACCCUGAACUGCAGUAACAUCAUUUGUCUAAGAGUUCUGUGUGUGGUCGGGCGGUUGGACCGUGGUCAGAGCGCUGUAGUCAAGAUCCGUUCCCGACUCUGGGCUCACACCUUCCUCCAGAGACGUAACGACCCAUACCUCCUCAACUCCACCGUGUCCUUCAGAGUGACAGCCCUGCCCUACCGCCUCCAGCCCUCCUCCUUACCCCAACACACCACUUCAAUGGGUACACUGGUGCUGUGGGGGACUCCUGAUGUGGCGUUUGCUGUUCCUCUGUGGGUCAUCAUCCUAGCCAUCCUACUGGGACUGCUGGUCCUGGCCAUGCUAACACUGGCCAUGUGGAAGUGUGGGUUCUUUGACCGGGCACGGCUGCCAGCGGAUGACGUGUCAGACCGUGAGCAGCUGACCUCUGACCAAUUAGCAGACGCCUAAGAGCGCCCACUCGCGCCAUGGAGACCAGUUCUUGAUUCAAGGAGGCUGUUUGGGAGGAGUUCCACCUCUUGAGUGAAAUUAAACUGAAAUGAGAUCUGCAGGCAGACUGCACUCACAGAUCAAAGGUUCUUUACCCCUUUUAAAGCUGGCCUGUCAUCAGUGAUUGGACUGCAAGCUCACAGGCCAAAGGCUGAAGUGCCAUUAAGACUUGUAUUCAAACAUCACCAGAGAGACUGGGAACAACCCACACAGAUGGAACUGCACACAUAAACACUAUUUAAGCAAACACAACCACUUGGAUGUAUAUGAGGCUUCAAUACAAUCUUGGACAGUAGAAUGGACUCUGGUCCUAACCCUGCUUGUAGUUGAAUAUGUUUCUAUGCACCGCUUGCCUCUGUGGGUUCGACUACUUGGGGAUCUGUAUGGUUGGAUAAUUCAGUUGGAGUUAACCAGUCUGGCUAACUUCAAAUGGAGUUACCAUCUGAUGUCAGUGACUUGGUGUCUGCCUGCUUUCACUGUUAAAUACAUUCCACCAUUGAUCAAAUGCGCGCACACACACACACACACACACACACACACACACACACACACACACACACACACACACACACACACACACACACACACACACACACACACACACACACACACACACACAGGGGGCUGUAUAUAUCUAUGGAUGGUGUAUGUGCAAUAUUGGGACAUUCUGUGUGAUACUGAAGCUUGUUUACACUGGUAUUAUUUUAUUAGAACUUGGUGUUCAAAUUCUUUGUGUAUAUUGUUUAGUUAGUAUACUAUUGUCUAUGUGAGUGUUAUUGUUGGCAUAUUAGUGUAUACAGUGCCUUCAGGAAGUAUUCAGACCCCUUUACUUUAAAAAAUAUAUAUAUUAUGUUACAGCCUUAUUCUAAAAUGGAUUAGAUCAUUAUUUUCCCUCAUCAAGCUACACUCAAUACCCCAUAACGACAAAACAAAAACAGGUUUUUAGACAUUUUUGUAAAUUUCUUAAUAAUAAAAAACUGAGCAAUUACAUUUACAUAAGUAUUCAGACCCUUAACUCAGUCUGAGGUCCUAAGUGCCCUGAAGCAGGUUUUCAUCAAGGAUCUCUCUGCACUUUGCUCUGUUCAUCUUUCCCUCGAUCGCUGCCAAAGGUGCUUCGACAAAGUACUGAGUACAAAGUAAAGGGUCUGAAUACUUAUGUAAAUGUGAUAUUUCUAAAACUAUUUGCAAAAAUGACCAAAUCUGUUUUAGCUUUGUCAUUAUGGGGUAUUGUGUGUAGAUUGAUGAGGGGGGGGAAACAAUUGAAUACAUUUCUGAAUAAGGCUGUGACAUAACUAAAUGUGGAAAUAGUCAAGGGGUCUGAAUACCUUCCGAAGGCACUGUAAGUAUUGAAAGAGAGAAGUGUUUAUAAUGGGUCCAACUGUUUAAAAAAGAGAACGUGGGACUGGGCUAAAUACAAAAGGAACUACAUUAACAUUAGUAUUAUCCAAUGUGAGAGGUUUAGGCCUAGAUUCAAUCAGACCCAUUGUUAAUAGGCACUAGCUGAUACCCCAUAACUAGCCGACAAACCCAGAAUUAUUCCAAACACAUUUAAAGAGAAAAGUCAUUGAGUUACAUCUCAGAAAACACAACACUAAAGUAUACAACAUAAUAUUACUUCAAUACAAAGCAAAAAUGUAAUAGCCUAACAAUUUCAAGUGAUUUGGUGAUCUUCUAGGUCUAUAUAGCAGUAACCUCAAGGGCUGGCGGGGAGGCCAAGAGUACUAAUUUUAUAGGUCUAUAUAGCAGUAACCUCAAGGGCUGGGAGUGGGGCCAAGAAUACUGAUCUGGAGGAAGGUGAUGCUAUAGGCCUAUGUAGCAGUAACCUCAAGGGCUGGGAGUGGGGCCAAAAAUACUGAUCUGGAGGAAGGUGAUGCUAUAGGCCUAUGUAGCAGUAACCUUAAGGGCUGGAGGUGGGGCCAAGAAUACUAAUCUGGAGGAAGGUGAUGCUAUAGGCCUAUAUAGCAGUAACCUCAAGGGCUGGGAGUGGGGCCAAGAAUACUAAUCUGCAGGAAGGUGAUGAUAUAGGCCUAUGUAGCAGUAACCUUAAGGGCUGGAGGUGGGGACAAGAAUACUCAUAGGAUAUCAUCAGGUCCCAGCUGGAAUAAAAUUAGUUGGUUGAAACUUGAAAGGUCUACUUAAUUUUGUAUAAUUUUAGGAAAAUGAGUUGGGCCAAAGAGAGGCUGAGGGAGGGUUGAUAGAUUUCCAAUCCAAUAGAAUCAUUCUGUGUGCCAACAGGGAGGCAAAGGCAAUGGCAUCUAGCAGUCUAUUGGUCAGGGAAGCAUUGUUGUUUGGUAAAAAUAGCCAUUUCUGCACUAGGCUGCCACUCUAUAUCAAAUGCUUCAGAAAGUGUUUUAAAUAUAGUGAACCAGUAGUCUGCCAGACAGGGACAAAACCAGAUUAUGUGAGUCAAGCGUGCCAAAGAGCUUUUACACCUGUCACAUGUACCAUCAAUAUUUGGGUAGAAUUUGGAGAGCCUGGCCUUACUGAAAUGGAUACAGUGAAGUAUAAAGCUGAGCCGGGCACAAGAGGAGCUUCCAUUUACCCUAAGCAAGGCACUAUUCCAGACUUCGUCCGAGGUCUCUCAACCAAGUUCCUUUACACCGCUCAGAUCUAAUUGUAUUAAGUGAUGGGUUAUCAAAGGAUAUGGUUAUCUCAAAAAUACCUACAUUUGGAAAUACCUAAAUACACUUGAAUGGGGUAGAUUGCCAAUGUUGAUGACCUCGCUAUCAAAUGUAAAGGUGCCAUCAAUAUAAAGGCCAUUCCUCUGCCACAGACUUCAAGCUGAAUCCAGUUUGGCUGGUUAGGCUGAAAGGAAGAGGUGAUUAUUACAUAUAGGAACUUAGAGAAUUCACAGAAUUUAAAGUGUUGACGGAAUUAAGGCCAAAUUUUAAGAAUAUUGACAACAAUUGAAUUGGAUGUGUAGCGCGAAGCUGAAAUAGUAAGAUUGGAGGUGACUAAAGCUGACAAAGAGGAAGAGAAAUAGGGGUUGACUUCUGUUUGACACAAGUCAGUUUCUGGGGUGCGAAGCCAGUAAACAAUAUUUUGUAUAUUCGAUGCCCAGCAAUAAUGCAUAAAGUUAGGAAAGACUUGUGUGUUCUAUCUCUCUGGAGGAAUGCUUUAUGUAUUCUUGGACUCCCACCGCUCCCCCCAAAAAGAUAUAAACGUAUCCACUAAAGUGAAAAAAGGCUUGGGUAGAAAAAUGGCUGAUGUUUUGGCAGUGUCGGAGGUGUAGCUGCAUUAGAGCAGUCAAAAUCGGUGAGCAGCUGCUCUUGAUCACUGUCAAUAAGCCACACUGGCGUUAGAAGUUCAGAAUAAGAAAGUGUAGGCUAUAUAGAAAUAAUGACGCUCUAAUUGAAAAUAAUUAAUCUAAAUAAUGAGGAUUUCUAUCAGUGUUCGAACUUGCAAACAAGGCUACAUGGGAUUUCUCUUAAUGCGACGCUGUGCAGCCAAUGGCAAUGUCCGAUGGAGGUAUAAUACCAGGAGCCCUUGUGGAUUUGACAGCUCUAACGCAGUUCACCUCCGACACCGCCAAAACAACCUCUAUGCAGAUGUCGGCUAAAGUGGAUCUGAUUGAAUAGAGCAAUAAGACAAUAAGGUUCAAAUUUAAUUUCAAUUUACUUCACUUCUAGUAAUUCACAGUAUGUAAUAUGAAGGAUUCUCAUUACAAAUUUUAUUUGUGUUUUGUACGGAAGAAUACUGAAAGAUUAUUGAAAUAAAGUGUCCUUAAUUGCCAAGUA